AUCAUCAACCAGUACUCCGUCGCAACUACCAACUUCCAUUCCUCGCAAAGCGCUCGGUUACACCAUCGCAUACCUAUCUCGGUAACGUCUGCGACUGCGAUUUACGGCAUUCCAAUCCCUUUCAUCCACUCACGGACUGCAACUGUGGAGCGCGUCUUGCGUACUCCCGCGCCUCGCCACCUGGUGACGGCAACUUCAUCGGUGCAGACGAGCAGAAAAGAGUAGCAGCGGGCUGGACAGGCUGGAAGGCGGUGGACGUGGCUCGGUGUGUGUGAGGGCGUCGGCAGAAAGUAACAGGCAGGCUAGCGAGGCGCGUUAAUUCGAGAUGUCGUACGCACACGGAGAUGCCAUGUCGGCCAUGGCAGAGGAGGAGGAAAACUUUGAAGACAACACAAUUACGGCCGAGGACUGCUGGACCGUCAUUCACUCCUUCUUCUCCACCAAAGGCCUGGUCUCGCAGCAGCUUGAUUCUUUCGAUGAAUUUGCCAGUACGACUAUGCAGGAGAUCGUGGACGAGACUCCAGCGAUUGUCAUCGAUCAAAAUGUGGCAUCAGAUGGAGACGAUGAGACCAACAUGCCUAUCGUGAAGCGACGAUACAUCAUCGAGUUGGGCAUGUUGACCAUCUCCCAAGCUGCCAUGACCGAGGGCGAUGGUAGCACGCGACAAAUGCAUCCACACGAGGCGCGUUUACGGAAUCUGACUUAUUCUUCGCCCAUGUUUAUCAACAUGAGGAAGAAAAUGAUGCUUGCGCGUGAACGAUCGAUUGGCGGUCAUUUGAGCGAGGAUGGCACGCACUGGAUAGAUCCUGUGGGCUGGGACGGUUACACGACCGAAACUGUGUGGGAAGAUGAUCCAGACAAUCCGAUGGAGGCCAAGGAUCAGGUUUUCAUUGGCAAGCUACCCAUCAUGCUGAAAUCCAAGAUCUGUGCGCUGCGCAAUCGCAGCGAGCAAGAGCUUUACGCCUUCCAAGAAUGUCCCUUCGAUCAGGGCGGUUACUUCAUCAUCAACGGCUCCGAAAAGGUCUUGAUUGCACAGGAGCGUAGUGCAGCUAAUAUUGUGCAAGUGUUCAAGAAGAAAGGCACAAACACACCAGUUGUUGCAGAGCUCCGAAGUGCAAUCGAAAAGGGUACACGCUUGAUCAGCUCCAUGGGAAUUAGGUUGUACAAUCAAUCCGCGCAGUCGGCAGUCUCGGGCAAGACUAUUCGAGUGACAGUCCCAUACCUCAAGGUCGAUAUUCCAAUCGGUAUUGUCUUCCGUGCGCUCGGUAUCGUAUCUGACGAAGACAUCCUGAACCACAUCGUGGACAAGAGCGACACGCAAAUGCUGGAAAUGCUCAAGCCGUGCUUGGAAGAAGCUUUCGUGAUUCAAGACAAGGAUGUCGCACUCGACUACAUAGGUCGCAGAGGCCAACAGCAAGGCACAAAAGACAAGCGAAUUCGAUAUGCUAAAGAAGUCAUGCAGAAAGAAUUUCUUCCGCACAUCUCUCAAGAGGAGGGCAGCGAGACGAAGAAGGCCUUUUUCUUGGGAUACAUGGUCAACCGCAUGCUGCAAUGUGCGUUGGGCCGGACAGACGAAGACGACCGUGAUCACUUUGGUAAGAAGCGCCUUGACCUGGCAGGUCCGCUCAUGGCGCAGGUCUUCCGCCUGAAGUUCCAGCAACUAGUGAAAGAGAUGAAGCAAUACCUCCACCGCUGCGUAGAGACGGGGCGCGAGUUCAACAUCACUUUAGCCGUCAAGACUAACAUCAUUACAUCUGGUCUACGGUACUGUCUCGCCACCGGUAACUGGGGAGACCAGAAGAAGGCGUCUUCGUCAAAAGCCGGUGUCAGUCAGGUGCUGAACCGAUACACAUAUGCAUCAACGCUGAGCCAUCUACGGAGAACGAACACGCCCAUUGGUCGCGAUGGCAAGAUCGCAAAACCGCGGCAGUUGCAUAAUACACAUUGGGGACUCGUGUGUCCCGCAGAAACACCCGAGGGACAGGCUUGUGGAUUGGUCAAGAAUUUGUCCCUGAUGUGUUAUGUUACCGUCGGAACACCAGGCACGCCCCUUAUUGACUUCAUGCGCCAGCGUGGCAUGGACCUGCUCGAGGAAUAUGAUCCUGUCAUGAAUCCAAAAGCGACGAAAAUCAUGCUUAACGGUACUUGGAUCGGUGUGCACCAUAACCCGGGGCACCUCGCGGAAGUCCUCAGGACCCUGAGGCGCAAGGACACGAUUAGUUUCGAAGUAACCAUCAUUCGAGACGUCCGUGACCGCGAGAUUAGAGUCUUCACAGACGCCGGGCGUGUAUGUCGCCCACUCUUUGUGGUUGACAAUGAUCCAAAAAGCUCGAAUCGUGGUCACCUGGUGCUGAAUCAAGAACACAUUGGCAAGCUCCAGCAAGACCAAGAGAUCCUUGCUGGUUUAGAAGGUGUGACCGAAGAAGAGCGCGAGUCGUCAAUUUACGGCUGGACCGGUCUCACCCGAGAGGGUGUCGUCGAGUACCUGGAUGCAGAGGAGGAGGAAACGGCCAUGAUUUCCAUGACGCCAGAAGACCUCGAGGAGCACAGAAAUAUGCGACAGGGGAUCCAGUGGGACGAUGCUAGAGACGAUCCCCACCGCCGAAUCAAGCCCGCGCCAAAUGCCUCGGUGCGGACGUGGACGCAUUGCGAGAUUCAUCCAGCCAUGAUUCUCGGCAUUUGUGCCAGUAUCAUUCCCUUCCCCGAUCACAACCAAUCGCCUCGUAAUACUUAUCAGAGUGCCAUGGGAAAGCAAGCUAUGGGUGUAACGCUCACCAACUACAACGUGCGCAUGGACACCAUGGCGAACGUACUCUACUACCCACAGAAACCACUUGCAACGACAAGAAGUAUGGAAUUCUUGCGUUUCCGAGAUCUGCCUGCGGGGCAAAACGCCAUCGUCGCCAUCGCCACAUAUUCUGGUUACAACCAGGAAGAUUCCGUCAUCAUGAACCAGAGCAGUAUCGAUCGUGGCCUCUUCCGGUCCUUAUUUUUCCGUGCCUAUAUGGAUCAAGAGAAGCGUGUUGGUAUGAGUGUAGUGGAGGCCUUUGAGAAGCCCACUCGUUCCGACACUAUGCGCAUGAAGCAAGGUUCAUACGACAAGCUUGAUGACGAUGGCAUCGUGGCUCCCGGUGCUCGUGUGAGUGGAGACGACAUCAUUAUCGGCAAAACUGCGCCUAUGCCACCAGAUGCAGAAGAGCUUGGACAGCGAACAAAGCUGCACGUCAAGCGCGAUGUCAGUACCCCGUUGAGGUCUACAGAGAACGGUCUCAUCGACCAAGUACUUCUUACUACGAAUACUGAAGGCCUUCGAUUUGUCAAAGUCCGCACGAGAGUGACCAAGGUGCCACAAAUUGGUGACAAAUUCGCCUCUCGUCACGGACAAAAGGGUACUAUUGGUAUAACCUACCGACAAGAAGAUAUGCCCUUCAGUGCCGAUGGCCUCACACCCGACAUCAUCAUCAACCCCCACGCCAUUCCUAGUCGUAUGACGAUUGCUCACUUAAUUGAGUGCUUACUUUCCAAAGUCGGUGCGUUGCAAGGUCAGGAAGGAGAUGCUACGCCUUUCACGGAUGUCACUGUCACAUCGGUUUCACAAAUUCUGGCAGCGGCCGGCUUCCAGCAGCGUGGCUUCGAAGUCAUGUACAAUGGACACACCGGCAAGAAGCUCAAUGCGCAAGUCUUUCUUGGUCCCACAUACUACCAGCGCCUCCGCCACAUGGUCGACGACAAGAUUCACGCUCGAGCACGUGGACCUCUGCAAAUCCUCACUCGCCAGCCGGUGGAGGGUCGUGCCAGAGAUGGUGGACUGCGUUUCGGAGAGAUGGAACGCGAUUGUAUGAUUGCCCAUGGCGCCUCCGCCUUCCUCAAGGAGCGUCUCCUUGACGUCUCCGACGCCUUCCGAGUUCACAUUUGCGAGAUUUGCGGUCUCAUGACGCCCAUCGCUUCGAUCAAGAAGCAACAGUUUGAGUGCAGACCGUGCAAGAACAAGACGAAGAUUGCCCAGGUCAUCAUUCCUUAUGCUGCGAAGCUCCUCUUCCAGGAGUUAGCAGCUAUGAAUGUGGCCACUCGCAUGUUCACCGAUCGCAGUGGUAUCAGCAUUCGGUAGAGCUUGAACGAAUGCGCUCGUACUCCGGCGGCGACUGUGACUCCGCAGGCGUCGAGGGAGGAUACUUUGAUGACAGGAGAGGUCGCCAAGGACGUAGCUACAUGUGGUGCGACCGAUAGAUGCAGAUCAGAGCGCGCACUCUUGAGGCUACCACGUUUGAAAGUGUAAGUUGUGGGUGCAGGUGGUCACACGUGCUUCUCUGCGCCGCACAAGCAAUGAUAUUUGGGGGUUGGUGGAUGAAAGAGGGGAACAAAACGGUCUUGACUAGGUACGGGGACCUGUAGCAUUAGAGAGUAAUGAGCGGCAUGCUAUCGCGUUGGCAUAGCUAUACCAAAAGAAUCCAGAGCAUAUCCUCAC